GGCACACAGGCGCCGCUGAUCAGUUGCAUUUCGCUGAAAGUUUGGAGAGGCUGCUAAUAAGUUGGAUAUUCUUUGUUGCAAAUAAAGAAGUUGAAGUGUAAAAUAUAUAUAUAGUUUCGAUAUCACUCCUUUCAUUGCAACAGCCGCGGCAAGGAUAUGUGGUAGAAGGAAUCACCACGACAAACCAGUAAUAAUUGGAUUAAUUGCUUUGCCGAAGCAGAUCAUCCUGUGGACAUCAAACAGUACCUCAUCGCCAUGGACAUUAGUUUUAGGCUAUUGAUCGCAGUCAUCUUGAUCGCACUAUGUCAGAAAGCAACCGCGCUGGAAUUGUCUGAACCGCAGAACAGCAGCAACAAUAAUGAAGCUCGUAGCUCACUGCUUGACAAUGGGCUCACACGUACAUUGAAACAUAUUUACGGGAUCUGCGGUGAUCGCGAUGACCUUUUUUGGUGCUUCAAGGUGCAGGCAACGCGCAUGUUAGGGCGCGCCUUGAAAGUGCAAAACCUAAAUAUCUUAGAAGGAGUCGCUAUUAUCAAGAAGGUGGACAACGAGACACGGACAGGCCGAGCGAACGCAAAUGUCGAUUUAAUACUGAGUAAUCGCGAUCUGGAAAAUCUGUCGAUGAAAAGUUUGGAUGCGCUUUUGCUGGAGCGUUUUUUGCGUUUCGUUGAUAGUCGACAGUUACAGGUAAAUUUGCCGCGUCUACUUAAUUUCGGUCAGCGUAAUGGACAGGACGUCAUUGGCGCGGUAAUGGCUUACUUUCAAAAAUUUGCUUUGGGUGAGGUGGAUGCUGACCAUGCUGUGGAGGAGGGACGUAAAAAGAAGGGUGACGAUAAGAAGUACUUAGGUCCAUUUAUAGCGGCUGUUAUGCUAAAAACGGCCAUAUUGAAGAUGGCCUAUCACUCCAUUGCAAUCAUCGCGGGUAAGGCACUGAUCGUGGGCAAAAUUGCGCUCAUAAUUAGCGCCAUAAUUGGUCUGAAGAAGUUGGUGUCAUCGGAGGGUGGUGAAAAGACCACUUAUGAAAUUGUCAAACACCCGCAAGUGCAGCACAGUCAAACCUAUUCAUCGAGUCAUGCGGGCGAGUACGAGGCUGGGCAUGAAGGUGGUUCAUACCAUCGCAGCAUCGACGACGAGAUGAUGAUGCAGGAUAAGGCUUACAACGCUUGGGUGCCGUCUCGUGUGCAGUUAUAAGAACGCUAAAAUCUGGCAAUCUGUACAAAAUUACGGUGCGCGGCGUUUGUAAAAAGGCAUCGUUGUCACAGCUCAGCGAUUUUGAGUCAAACUAAAGCUGAUCACCAAAAAGUAGCAAAACAUGUUGAGUAUUGAAAAUGAGUAAUGAAAUUGAAAUGUUAAAUUAAGUAAAUGAAUCAUAUCUAGUAAGGCACGAUGGUGUUAUUUACAUUUUUAUUUAUAUACAUAUAUGUGUUUAUAUCUUUGUUAAACCUAAUGCUUAAUAUAACUAGAUUUGUUGUAUGUGUAUUUUUAGCCAAGUAAGCUCUAGUUUGUAAGCUUAACGGCGUAAUAAAGAAAACAUUCGCUUUCCAUA